AUGAAGAUUCUUGUUUUUACAUCCGUAUUCAUACAUCUUUCGUCGCGACUUUCCGUCACCAAAGCCACCGAAGCCGACUUCGAUGCUCUCAUAGCCUCGAUGGAAGCCGACACAAGUGAGCUCGCCCGGCAAGUUGAAUUCCUCUACCAAACUCGUUGCAGCGAGGCGUCCAUGGAGGCAUGCGCUCGCGCUAACUACAACGAGUGCACAUCGCUGUAUCCAAACCAGACAUGCCCCGGAGGUCAAGAUUUGAAUGUUGCCCAAUGCGGCGAUGGCGUCUCAUGUGCCAGUCUCUGGGACUAUUCCGUAUCGAAUACUCGCUUGCAUACAGACCUGAUUGGUGCCAGUGGAGGGAACCCGUCUGACCCUAACGUCAUCGAGACCGUCUGCUUCACCCAGCAGCUGGACGAGUUCUUCAUUCGAAAGCGAGCUGAGCAGAAGCCAUACUGGGACAGACUUGGGCUGCGGACUCCUCAAAUGUACUUUGGAUCACAGAAUGGUGCCUUUCGCAUAUAUCCGGCAAGACAGUCGGAAACUUGCGGGGCAUUCGAUCCUCGUGUCCGGCCCUGGUACAUUGCCGCCAGCAGCGGACCCAAAAAUGUAGUACUUGUCCUCGACACUAGUAAUAGCAUGACGGACAAAAGCCGUCUUGCUCUUCUCAAGCAAGCUGCCAAGCAAGUCAUCAAAACCUUGACAGUCGGAGACCGUGUUGCCAUUGUCGACUUUUCAUGGCAGGCGAA